CUUCACGGCCCGCAACCAUCAUGUCCAACAAUAAACUGUGUCCAUUUUACAUAUAAACCUCCUGCGAAAAAGCCCAAAUGAAAUCAGCUGAUUGAUUUACAGUGAUUUUUUCGGAAGCAGCAGCGAAGCUUCACGUAAAUCAUGAACCCGAAUCGUCCGCAAUCAUCUCCGAACAUUACUGAUGAAGAGCGCGUGAAGCAGAGUCACAUGUUCAGCAAUGAAUGGAUGAACAAGGCUUACAGGAAAGUCGCUCUCCCAAAUCCAGCUUGUGAAAAGGUUCUCGGCAAAGUUAACGACGCCCUCGCAAGACGUCUGCGAAAGCCGACGGGAACCCCGGCUCAACAGCAAGCCCUUUUCAUGCUCCUCGGCCACAAGUUCGUCAAAGAUCAUUAUCCGGAUCGCAAAAUCGAUCCGACCGUCUUGGAGGGGCUUCCGAGAGACGAAAAGGAGAAGAUCAUGAGGCAAACUACGGAGUUUCUCGACAAAGAAACGCAGGCUGCCAUUGAUGACAUUGGCAUGCCGAAAUCCUUUGCAGAAUAUAAUGAAAAUGAUGACCUCGGGCAUUACGUGCGGGAAGUUCGAUCCACCUUUAGAAACGGACUGGACGAAGAAGUUCAAAAGCAAGUCGAAAACUUCGGAAAGAAGCAGACUGGGAGUUUGAAAGGCAAAGUCGUCACACCCGAACAGUGCAGGAACACCAUUGUCGGCCAAACCUUGUUGAGCCUGAUGGACUUCAAUCCCAGCUUGGCAUCGGACAUCGAAAACGACUACAAGUCCAAGGUGAACAUGAUGCCGAAUCCCUUGAGACAAAAGAUCUACAUGGAGCACAUGUUCCAGAAGGAGCUGAAAACGCUCCUUCGGAAGCCAGUGAAUGAAAUCAACGACGAUCUACUCAAGCAGCAAAAGGGCAUCGUUCAAGCAAAGAUGAAGGACCAGAACAUUGAGAGACCAACUAGGAGCAAUGCUGCCAAAAAUAUUUACAAACUGGUUUACAAAGAGGCACCUGGACUAAAAGCCUUGCAGAGUGACGACGAACACAAGUUUCAAGCAUCGAAAGUCCUCAACAUCAUCCACGUGCUCAGCAAAAAAGUGCAGACGUCGCAGGUCUUCUUUCUUUGUCCACUCCAACUUGCUUUCGGGAAGCUUCUGGAAGAAGAAAAUGAUGAUGACAUGCUCAAGUUAUCUCUGCUCCUUGACUUGGCCUGCGAACAUGUAAAACCAAACCCAGUCAAGUUGUUUGGUUAUGCUGAUGAGGUUCUGGCACUAUUGAAAACAGAGGAUCCCGAAUAUUACAAGAAGCUCAUGGAGGUCAUAAAGCUCAAAAUAAAACCAACAGCAAAUGACUUCCCAGAUGAAUGCCUGAACCAAAAGCAGCUUCAGGCAGAGAAAUUAUACAAUGACAUAGCUGAAAGUUCAGCAUCUGGAACAUUACCACAGCAUUUGGAACCAAUCCUUGGAGACCCUGCCAUAUUUCUUAGGAAAUGGUUGGUCCAGGGUUUUGCUGGAGUUCUCAACACCAAUGGUCUCAUGUUGACAUGGGAUCAUCUAUUCUUGAACAAAUGUUCAGACAAGAUAUUUGUGAAUACCACUCUGGCCAUACUCAAAUUGAUAAAACCAUGGAUGAUGCAUGCCAAAAGUUACACUGGUGUGCGCAAGGUUUUUCUGGAAGAACCAGCAAACCUAUAUACAACAGACCUGAGGAAAGCUUACCAACAUCUUCAGAAAACCCCAGGAGUUCUGUCAGGUUUCCCACCAAACACAAACUACAUAGAAGGUCCUGUUCAAGAGAGGGCACCAACCCCAGUCAGGACCCCUUCCCCACCCCCAAGGUUGAUACCCUUUGGUCCAGCAUUGCCUCCGUUUGACGUGCACAUUGAUCUGGACUCAGAUGAAGAACCUCCAAGGGAACCCACUCCCCCUCCUCCUAAACCUCCUACCCCACCUCCUAGAGAACCCACACCUCCUCCACCACCAAAAGCUCCCACGCCUCCCCCUAGGGCCCCAACACCUCCUGCAAUGACUCACUGGGUCCCUUAUUCAAAGUCAUUUGGUGACAAGAAAACUCCAAAGCCAACAAUCAUUCAAAAGCCCUUUGAUUUGUACAUUGAUGGCCUCAGGUUCUUACCAGACAACAUUGCACUGGCAAAAGUGACAGGAAGAUUCUUCAAUGUGAAAGAUGAAGAAGGGCCUAGCAGACAGGUCCAGGACAUCAAUGCACUUCCAAUUGCUGAGUCACCCCACAGAACCCCCAAGAUCAAACACAGAACCACUGUCAACAAAGAGGGUAUCAUAAUAAACCCAUUUGUGACCUGCAUGCUCAAAGCAUAUGGUUACCAGACUCAUACCAAAGAGGUGGUUCAUCUUGGGAGUUGCAUCUUGGGUAUCUUUGAAGAAGUGGAUAGAAAACCUAUGCUGAGAACAGGAGGUCAUCAAAUGAGACUCAAGAGAGGUGAUCCUCAAGUGAAUGGUGGGCCUGAAAAUUUAACUGCUGAUGACAUGGAUGAGAACCCUUCAGUCCCAGGAUUAACACUGCUUCUCAGACUUCUUCCACAUGAAGAGGAGGAAGUUUCAGCUCCAGAAUAUGAGAAAGGCUUUUACAAAAGCUUGCCAUGCAAACCAAACAAGUCAGAGUUGACACUGUAUAAUUACUAUGCAAGUACACCUGACUUCAAGGCCUCUGUGGGAGACAAAGCAAGGGAAAUCCAGAAAUCAACAGGAGCUGCAACAACACCUGAUGGGCCAGAGUUGAAAAAGUGGCUGACUAAUGCACUGGCAAACAAGAAUAAGCCUGCGGACAUUCAGAGGUUUGUCAAGUAUGAUCAAAAAACCGGGCUGUCAGUGGUUGUACAGCAAGCAUUCUGUCUCGCAGAAUAUCACGAAUUCAGAUACGCCCAAGCAUUCGUUCAAAUUGUCUACGAAAAUGAAAUUGAUCAACUUUUAAAAGCUUGUCAGCCAGAAACACGAUGUCUGACUUCAAAACUCGAGUCCUUAUCACCCUACAGGUAUCCCAAAUGGCUGGAUCAACCAAAGAUUUUGAAACCAAAAUUCGAAGAAAAUGCACUCAUGAUUAUUCGCAUCAUGGGAUUCCCUGUGGCCUACACACCUGGUAAAGGAGGCCCUGGCAAAGGAACCGUUUCCAACAGAACAUCGGGAAAAGCUUUGGAAUUGAAACUGGAGCUUUGUCUCGCCUGGACAGUGAUUCCUCUUUUCUCAAAGAAAUGUUUGAUUCAAGGAGAAUACUCUCUGCCUCUUUUCAAAGCUCCGAUUCCUGCAGAUAUUCUCAAGGAAUGCGUCGACUCCUUCCCUGACUUCAACCAAGUCCUCGUGAAACACGUGAAAGACAAGGCUUCUCCUUUAAAAGACCACAACGGCGCAAGUCUGGAUAUGGCAGUUUGGGACGGAAGGUUCCAAGUGAACGAAGCACCAGAGAUCGACAUCAGGGAAUGGAUGCAGUCGUACGAGAAACAAAUCGAGGACGGGGUCUAUCUCCAAACCCAUCACCAACUCCUGACAGCACUCGGCAAGGAAACCCAAGCGGAAAACCAACGCUCUUUCACGGCACUCAAAAAGGCUGGCACUUACCAUCAAAUCGUCCUUGAAAACCUGGACCCGAAGACCAAAUCCGCUGGGCCGAAAGGAGACACGUUUGAGCAGGAAAAAGACAAGUUUUUUUCGGAAUGCGACAAGGAAUUCAAGAGGGCUUUCAAUGAAGCUCUGAGCAAAGCUGGUCAAAAGCCUUUGUGAUUCGUCUAUCUUGGAAUAUAUCAGCCACAACCUCAGCAAAGGAUGCUGUCAUACCACAACACAUGCGAGCAUAUUGAAGAGUAGUGUACACGAAUACUACGGAUAUCUGAAUUUCCACGAGAAAGAAGCAAUAAAAAUAUAUGAUCAGUAUCACACAAGAAUAACUAAUUCAACUGAAUUUCAUCUUUUCCUUCAUCCAACGCUGCGCAAAUCGAGGCUCC